AUGACCAAUUCAACUGAGAACUCGGCCGCGCCCAAUGGGGCUGCAGCUGAAUGGACACCGUCGUCCUGGCGCUCAAAGCCUAUUGUGCAAGCCAUCACCUAUCCCAACCCGACUGGCCUUGAUCCUGCACUUGACAAGCUUCGCAAUCUUCCCCCAAUCGUGACGCCCACUGAGAUCACGAAGCUCCGCUCACACCUCAAGCGUGUUGCUCUUGGCGAUGCCUUCUUGCUGCAGGGUGGUGACUGUGCUGAGCUCUUUUCUUACUGCCAGGAUGGCCCUAUUGAUUCCAAGAUCAAGCUCUUGCUCCAAAUGUCCUUGGUCCUCAUUUGGGGUUCCAACAAGCCAGUCGUCCGCAUCGCACGCAUGGCCGGCCAGUACGCGAAGCCUCGCUCGAGCGCUAUGGAGAAAGUCAACGGUGUCGAGAUCCCAAGCUUCCGUGGCGAUAUCCUGAACGGCUUUCCUCAAGACCAGCGGAACCCGGACCCCGAUAGGCUUGUUCAAGCUUACUUUCACUCGGCUGCCACGUCGAACUACGUUAGGGCGCAGCUGUCCAGUGGCAUCGCCGACCUGCACAAUCCAUUCGAUUGGAGUCUCGGCCAUGUUAGAGAUGACAAACUGCAGGCGCAGUACUCACACAUCGUCAGCAGCAUUACUGAGUCGCUUCGCUUCAUGCGCACUAUCGGCGCCGAUACUGCCGGUCAAUUGGAAACGGUCGAGCUUUACACCAGCCACGAGGGCCUCGUGCUCGAGUACGAAGAAGCUCUGACGCGCCGUCUUCCUCGGCCGAGGGGUGCUGGUUCUCGAACUCAGGUCCCGCCUAGCGAGGACGGAAAAGCUUGGUACAACACAGCCGCACACUUUCUUUGGGUCGGCGAUCGCACACGUCAGCUGACGCACGCGCACGUCGAAUACUUCCGCGGUAUCGAGAACCCUAUCGGCAUCAAGGUCGGGCCGUCGAUGAAGAAUGAGGAGCUCAUUGAGCUUCUCAACAUCGUCAAUCCGGACAAGGAGAUUGGAAAGGUGACUCUCAUCACACGUUACGGAGAGGACAAGGUUGAGAAGAUGCUCGGAGGACACAUUGAGGCUGUUAGAAACAGCGGACAUGUCGUAGUCUGGCAGUGCGAUCCUAUGCAUGGAAACACGCGCUCCACCGAAUCGGGAAUCAAGACCCGCCACUUCUCUUCGAUUCUUUCCGAGGUCGCUUCUGCGCUGAAAAUCCAUCAGCAGUUGGGAUCUUUCCUCGGAGGUGUGCACCUUGAGCUCACGGGUGACGCAGUCACUGAAUGUCUUGGUGGAAGCGAGGGUCUUGAUGAGGAUGAUCUGAGCUUGAACUACACGACGUACUGCGACCCGCGCCUGAACGAGAAACAGGCCCUUGAACUGGCGUUCCUAGUUGCAGGUCAUUUCCGUGAGAAAGAGGGUGAUAAGUGA